GCCCGUCCUCCUCCGCUGCCUCCUCCUCCACUUCUCUCCGCGGAGACUCACAGUCUUGUGCUCACAACAAAGAGAAAGCCCCGUCCGCCUUACCUGUCCCUGAACACCCGCCGCCGCCACUGCGGCCCUCAGACACCAUGGUGAAAUUAGCCUUUAAUUCAUCCCUGGCGCAGAAAGACGCCAAGAAGGAAGAUGAGAACAGCGAGGUUCUGAUCAACCCGGAGAGCAAGGAGGUGGAAGAAGUUGUACCACUUGGACAGAGACGGGCCUGGUGCUGGUGCAUGUGCUUUGGAUUGGCCUUUAUGCUGGCUGGCAUCGUGUUAGGUGGAGCUUACCUUUACAGAUAUUUUGUUUCACAGCGUGGUGUAUACUUUUGUGGAAUAAGGUACACCGAGGAUGACGUGUCACUCACUGAGCCUUAUGCAGAAUCCCAUGUCCGCUACCAUUCAUUUAAGGAGAGAAUUCAGAUCCUGGAAGAAGAAGAAGUUGAAUUGAUCAAUGUACCCGUCCCUGAAUUUGCUGACAGUGAUCCUGCUGACAUUGUUCAUGACUUUCACAGGAAACUCACUGCAUACCUGGAUCUCAGCCUGAACAAAUGCUAUGUUAUUCCACUGAACACGUCGGUGGUAAUGCCACCAAAGAACUUCCUGGAGCUUCUUAUCAACAUUAAGGCUGGAACAUAUCUCCCUCAGUCUUAUUUAAUUCAUGAGCAGAUGGUAGUUACUGAUCGCAUUGAAAAUGUGGACCAGCUGGGUGUCUUUAUCCGCCGCCUUUGUCAGGACAAGGAGACCUACAAACUCCAGCGUAGAAACGUUACUCAUGGGAAGCAAAAACGGGGGGCUGAAAAAUGCUCAAAGAUCAUUCACUUUGAGAACAGGUUUGCGAUGGAGACAUCAAUUUGCCACCUUUAAAAGGAGUCUUGUGAAGACCUAGUCAGCCAUUUCUCAACAGUAUAGCCCUGCCCUUUUGUUGUGUGUAGUCUUUAUUUUAAGGAAGGGUUUUGUUCUUAGUGGCCAGACUUUUGCACAUCAGAUUCACUUUCGUCUCGUCUGAUCUGUUUUAAAUCUCAUUUAUUUCUGGGUUCUUUCCAUAUUCCCUCUAAGUGUGGUAUUUUAUAUUCCGAUAUAUAGAAUAAGUCAUUCAAUAAGACCAUGUAGACCAACGUUCAUUCCUGCUGAUUUAGUGGAUUACUUUAUAAGACUUUUAAAUGGAAAUGUCACAGCAUUUAUCCACUGCACUCUUAUGCUACUUUAAAAAGCUGCGCAUAUCGUCAGCCUGUUUAAUAUUGCAUGUUCAUACACUUAAAAUAUCAGAUUUUCUUCAUAAGAUAUAAGUCAAAUGUUUUCAGAAGAGCUCAGGACUCGAUAUAGAUAGUCUUGCUUCAUAUAAUACGGCUAAGGAAUACGUUUUAUUAAAACGAUGGAACUAAAGCAGUUGCGGACUCCCAGCUGAAGAGUUUAUCGAACUCCCUCUGUGUCGGGUCAUAGGGCACCUACUUCUGUUCUUUAUGAGCAUUUUGAUUGUUUAGAUUAAACUACAGUCAGUAACACUGAAUGAUUUGUAUGUGGAGCUUUAAGAGCUUUUUUUACAUAGUAAUGAUAUUGGCUAUGCAGAAAAUGUAAAGGGAGCCUGUCACCUCCCAGAUCGGUUUCAAAGUAAGCAUCCCUCCAUGUAGGGUAGGUGACCCUAAUAACAAUCAUAACUUUCAUCUAAAAAUCCAGUCCUCUGAUUCUGAGAAAUGCUUCUUUUUAUGCAAAAGGAUUUUGAGGCAGUGUGGGUGUGGGCAAGACUCUCUGUUGAGUGCACAUUUGCUCUGCCAGACCUUCCUGGUAGCAAUGAUGCAGAGGAGUCCGGGUGCACCGAAUGCAGCCGCCCCACUCGCGGUGCACUGAAAAACCUAUUUUGCAUGAAAAGAAGCAUUGCUUGGGUUUAGGAGACUGGGUCGUCACAAGAAAGGUAUUGUAAUGUUUCGGGUCACCUACCCUACAUGGUGGUGUGCUUCCUUUUAUACAGAUUUUGGAGGUGACAGACACCCCUUUAAAAUAGCACCCAAGACAAGAUAGUAACAAGGCACUUUAGAAGGGAUUGCAGCCAGCGUAGUUUCUGUGAUUUCUCUGUAUACAUAGGUUGGCUAGAUCCCGUUCCCAAUGGCAGGCUACUUGGCACUGACAUCUUGUUUCUCCAGCUAAGCUGUGUAUUUGUGAAAGAGUCAACAUAAACUUUAAGCAAGCUGUCCAUGAUGCAGGGCAAAUACUACAGAAUCCAGCCCUGUCGUAGUUGUCUUUUUAAGCUUUUGGUGUGCAGAAGAUGCACGUUAGAUGGAUUGUGGCGGCCAUCCUGCUUAUCAUAAACCAGUGAUAUAGUUGUUCAGCAUAUUUCACUUGUAGUUAGAGAACUUGAAGUGCUUAGUUCAGAUAUAUUCAAGAUGGUGGUAUGAAAUCCAUAAAUCAGAAAUGACUUGUAUGUAAAUAUUCAGGACGCUGUCUGUGCAAAUGGGCACAAUUAAGUACUCAUGGAAGCCUCUUUGUACAUACAUAUAUUCAUGCUUGCAUUAUGGAGUGUGUUAGGGGUUUGGCAUUUACCAAUGUAAAAAAAUAAUUAAAAUAAAAAACAAUGGAGGAGAGUUGUCAUGCUGGUAAGUAACUUGUUUCUGUGAAGACAUAUCUACAGCUGUGCAUUUCCACCUACUAAACAUUCAGUUUUUUGUGUCACUAUAUAUUUUUUUUAAUUAAAUUUUACUUAAAUCUGUUUUUAACUCUAGUUAAUGGUUUGGUAUGCCCACGUAAUAUAAAACCAGGAGUGUCAAUAAAAGAGUUAGGUGGUAACGUGUUACAAAUUUGUAUAUAAUCGUACUUGUAAAAGAAUAAAACUUACACCACCUGUUUAA